CACUAGUUGAGUUCCACUUCCACCUAUCUUUCUCUCUGGCUUAGGGACAUCAUUUACAACACAGUGAUUACUAUUUAUUUAAACAGAUAGCUAGCUAGAUUAAGACAAUAAAGGAAGUAGAUAACGCAGACCAUGCCUGAGAGUUCAGAAGGAGAGUGAAAGGUUUUGGUAAUAUAGGACAAGGCAAUUAGGGAGAUGCAACUUGCUUUCUCCAUAUUUAAUCAAAGAAAGAGAAAUGCAUAUAUGGCAAUCGUCCAUCGUCCAGAUCCUUCUCUCAAAAGUCAGAAAACACUAAAUACCCCUGAACGUCCUAGCUCGUCUCUCUGGACCCUAAAGCCAAGUCGCCCAUAAUUCUUUUGUCCCCAUACCCCCACCCUUCAGAAACCAUUAAUUAAAACAAACAAACAAACAAACAGAGCACAAGACAAAGAGAAGAGAGAGCUAUACCUCCAAAAGCAAAAGAUGAAGAUCCAGUGUGAUGUGUGUGACAAAGUGGAAGCCUCCGUCUUCUGUCCUGCAGAUGAAGCUGCUCUUUGCCAUAGCUGUGAUCGCACCAUUCACCGCGCCAACAAGCUUGCAACCAAACACGCCCGUUUCUCUCUCCACUACCCCACCUCCAAAGACUUCCCUCUUUGUGAUAUAUGCCAAGAGAGGCGUGCAUAUCUAUUUUGCCAAGAAGACAGGGCGUUGUUAUGCAGGGAAUGCGACGUUCCUAUCCACAGAGCCAAUGAGCAUACCCAAAAGCAUAACAGGUUUCUUCUCACGGGUGUGAAGCUCUCUGGUACUUGUUUAGAUCCUGCUUCGUCCUCCACCAAUUACACCAAUAAUAAUAGAGUCACUGGCUCUGAAGGAAGAAACGACGCUCGAUCUAGAAUGAACAGACCCAGAUCAUCAGUUUCCAAUGAAGAAAAUGCAAGUAAUUCUUCUUGCAAGGUUGAAGACAACGUGGCUAGUGACACUGGUUCGAUUUCAACUAGCAGCAUUUCUGAGUACUUGAUUGAAACAAUACCCGGUUACUGUUUUGAAGACCUCCUUGAUGCUUCGUUUGCACCUAAUGGUUUCUGUAAGAAGCAGAACUUUGAUCAUCCCUGGGCGUUUCAGGACCAAAAGCGAACAAGUGGAGACACUAUGGCCGUGCCGUUCCUGAAACUAGUCAUCCAUUGAUCAAAAUAUCUAAACCCUCGCGGUCAUAAACUGUUUGUAAAAAUCUGUUGGAAAAUAUCUUCUUUAUUUUUGUUAUUUGUAAAAAUCUGAAACUUUAUGAUUUUAUUUUUUAUUCUCUAUUCCCAACCACAGUUUCGGCCUCUUA